AUGUUAUCAAAUCAUCGAUGCAUCUCUUCAUCAGCUUUACAGCUCUUGAUUCUUGUUUGCGCCGCUGGUAUUUUCAUCCUUAAUAUUUUUGAAGAUCAGCGUUAUCAAUAUGAAGUUGGUGUUCAAGGAUUUGAUGAAGGAUUUUUAUUUGUUAAGGGUCAUGGUGUAAAUCAACUGAGAGCCUUACCUAAUUUUCUGGCAAAAUUGAAUCAACAAAUAGGAAAGAUGGAGAAGAGAUGUUUUAUUAACAUGAGAGGUGUUGAAUGUUCUCCAAAUAAUGUCAGAUCAUUGUUGGCAAGAAAUAUGACUAGAGGUAUGAUGGAUAAUUUGAUUGUGGCUGGUGUUGGAUAUAGUAGGGAUGAUCACUCAAUUAAACCACAAAUAUUAAAAUCAGCUCCUGCAAGUGGUGCUUCUGGUGAAUUGACAUUUACAAAAACAAUGAAAACUGCUUACGAAUACUUUUCAAUGAUUCAUCCAAGUGAUGGUCAAUCUGUAUUUAAUGGAUUGUAUAGUCAUUCUGAUAUGGGAAUUGAUUUGAUAUUUUCAAAGUAUUUCGAAGGUGAUUUGUUUAUUGUAGAUGCCCAAAAACAAAUCUUUACACAUACUGUUCAAUCGCUUGGUCUUCAAGUUACAGAUGAAUUCCAACAAAUUAUUGACAUUUUGCCUGAUCAAAUGGAUUGGGAUUUAUACAUGCAAGUUAUCAAUUCAUUUGGUGAUUCAAUUGCAACUAGUAUCAAGUAUGGAGGUGUUGUUGAUAUGACUGCCUCAGUUAGAUCUUGUUACAAUGAUCCACAAAUGUUACAAUACCUCUCUCAGGAAUUACAAUUUACAAUUGAUGGAUCAUCAGAUGUUUCCAAACUUCCAAAUGGUUACAUUAGAUAUCACAAAGUUUCACAAGUGGACAUUGUUGGUGGAAACCCUCAAAUAUCCAAUAUUCGUCAAAGAACUGCAACUUUUGCUGCAAAUCCAGUCCCUGUCACAUUUGACACAAUUCCAAUCUGGAGAGCUUUCCCAAAUGGAGUUAAACAAGCAAAUAUGAAGAAAGUUUAUGAAAGUUACAUGCAAACAAGAUCAAGAGAUGUUCAAAACUUGAUCAACUCCUUCAAUGCCAAGAGAGAAGCAGAAGCCAACAGUCCUCAAACUUUCACAGCUUACAAACUUGAUUUACGUACUAAUCAAUUACAAAAGUUUGGAACCCCAAUCAGUCUUUCAAGAGGGCUAUCAGGAAGUAUUACUGAUGAUACUAUUUUUGUUGGAGUCUAUAUCAAUAGCAUGUAUGAACCAUCAUUUGUUGUUGGAUUGCAACCUGUCAUUCACAGAAAUGCAGACGACACUUUCUAUUUUGAUUUCAAUCGUGGCAACUGUCCAGUAGGUGCUACUACUUGUAAGAUUAAUCCUGGAACAAAUACUGGACCAGCAAGUCAAAUCUCUGCAAUCUCAACAACUGGAAAGAACCAAUGUAUUGGAUUAGUAUUCAAAAAUACUGCACAAACAAGAUAUUCAUCACCAUAUAUGUAUGUUUGUUCUGGUUGCAUGCCAGUUGUUAAUGGAAAGGAUAUUAGCUGUGGUUGCCCUUAUGUUCAAUAA